AUGCUCUUUGGAUCAUCUUGGCAGAUGCCUUGCGCGGGCUUUAUAGUCUUCGUCUAUGGGACCAACCUGUAUGGGCAACCCAUCCCAUUGUUCUUUGCCUUCAAGGUGGCCAACUUCCUGGCGUUCGUGGGGGAGACCACGUACAGUCUAGCAACCAUUGCCGAAACGCCGGAAGCUGACAACUAUCAGGAGUAUUUCCGGGCUGUUACCAACGGUACCGUACGCGUGAUCACGAUGCUGAUGUGUGGCUGGUGGAUCAUUUCAGCCAACAAGGCUCGGACUACUGGCAUGAAGGUUGCAUUCGCGUGGAUUCUCCUCCGGGCUGUCGGCAACGUGAUGUACGCGUACGGAUGCGUUCUGUACGAGACAGCCAUCGUGCCCGAGAACCUGAUGUCCUUGCUGGGGGGAGCGAACACGUUUUCGCACACUACAAGACUGGCCAGCGCGACAAGCUGGCUUCUUGGUGAGGCUUUCGUGCUGUCCAGGAUGCAUGCGUUCUACUGCGUGACCACGACGCCGGACUACUGGCAGAUCCAUGUUAAAGAGCAGACACUGGUCGACAACGAGAAAGCUUCUCUUGCGCCCAGCAAAUGAUACCCGUGACCCGUGUGUUGCCUUCCCGCAGAGCAAUGUUUGUAUAGACAACUCUCCGAUAAACUCGCGCGUAUGCGAAGUUGCUCUUGUAUUGUUGUGACCGCCAAGAUAACUUACUCCUGUACACUAAU